AUGGCAGACAACAUCGGUUCUGGUUUGCCUAGGAUGCAAUUCGCGCUGGCUGAACUCCUUGCCGACCCAGCGCAACUCGAUAUUGACCGGUCGCGCUUCAGCAGGCCGCCAUCAUACACGUCUCAUCAAUCACACAACUCAACCGAAUUGCAGAGCCCUGACAGUGCGUCUGAUGAUCAGCGACUUUGUGAGCGACAAAAAUGGCAGUUGAAAAAGGACCGUGAGACGUCGCGCCCUUACAACCAAUUCGACGACCAGGUCGCUGAAGUGGAAGCACACAUCAUCGAGGAGUUCGAAAAUCGAAGGUUAAAGCUGCCUAUCGGGACAAAUUUUAAGAAACUCGCUCAUGAGACAGUGAAGCAGAGAUGGGUGGAACAGGGAAUAUGGAGAGACGAAUGGAAGAAUGGGCCUCAAACAAGAUGGAUGCACGAAGAGCCACUAGAGCUUCCAUCUGCAACCGAGGCCGAUGCGGAUGCAGCACCAAGUCUUAAUAUAUUUUCUUCCGGCCCAGCAAAACCAGAUUCAGCUAUGGGUCACUUGAAUAGGGAAAAGGAACACCAACAUGGACCUAGGCAACAAGAUCAAUUGAAACACAAGCGGGAGGCAUCACGCCCCUUGCCUCAAUUCAUCUAUCAGAUAUCAUUGGAGUGCAAACGGAUCCAAGACGACUUGGGGAAUGAGAUUACUACUACCUCAGCCCCCGCAGAUAUCAACACGAAGGCUUAUGAGAAUGUGAGGCGUAUAUGGAUCAAAAGAGGAAUUUGGGAUGCUGAAUGGGUUACACUACCUGGAUUAUCGUGGAAACACGAACGUCCUUUGCCAGAGUUUGAUGACGGCCCUGCUCCAGUCAGAGCAGAAGUCCCUGAGGGUGAUGAUGGCGAGCCGGCAAUGGGGCUUUCGUUGUUUGGUCCUGAUCCUAUCUCCGAAUCCAACAAUCAACCUUCAAUCACGAAUCCAUCGGGUCGCCCAGCAAAUUCGGCUGUUCAAUCUACCAAUGAACAGGUGCUAGGACCGACGACAUCGCAGAAGAAACCCAAAGCUUCCAAAACUAAAAUACAAAAGUCCGGACAGGAGGCAAAUGAUUCCGAGAAAAUAACGCUUUCUUUGGAUACGCAUGACUCCGAGGCUCAGGGCACUGGAAGACGCAGAAGCAAACGACUACAAGAACAGACCAAUACCGAGGAAGCUGGAAAUACUGUCAUCGAGGAUUCACCGAGGAAAAAACCUCGAGCGAAUCGGGCGCGCUCCAGUGUAACCACUGCUAGAGACUCGGCCAAGCGUCGGAGAGUAUCUAAGAGGAAGGCUUCUUGA